UUAAAAAGGGUUUGUUUUAACCCCAUCAGAGGAAGCAGUAUUGUAAACAAGUAAAUAUGUUUGAUUGAAUAGAUAGAGAUAGGUACUUAAAACUCGUGUUUGAUCCGGGGGGUGUUUUGCGAUAGGUCACCCCUCCCCUAAGGCCGGAUGGUUUUCAAAUCAAGAUUAUGACACCCUCCUUUGUGUUAGGAGCAUCUCUCAGUCUGAUCGUUAGUCAAUGGGGGUGCUAUCUAUAACGUCACACACGCGCAUCCUGACCAAACGCGCGUGAGAAGAAAAGUUGAUCCGGGGGGGUGUUUUGCGAUAGCUUACCCCUCCUCUAAGGCCGGAUGGUUUUCAAAUCAAGAUUAUGACACCCUCCUUUGUGUUAGGAGCAUCUCUCAGUCUGAUCGUUAGUCAAUGGGGGGUGCUAUCUAUAACGUCACACACGCGCAUCCUGAGCGGAAACGUGCACCUGAGCGGAAACACGCGUGAGAAAAAAGGAGCAAACGCCUGAGCGGACACGCCCACACGUGUAGGUAAAAAGUGAGAAUUUUCCGAAAAUUUGGCUAUGACUUCGCGUCUUUGGAUUUUUCACAACGGAACAGAACAUCUACGAUCUUCUAAGCAUUGAGAGCACGGCCUUUUCAAUAGAACAAGGCCAGCCUAUCUGACGCAAUUGUCUGUGAAAACGUAUCAAACAAACGCGACCCUUCCAGGACAGUUGUAUUGAGAUUAUUUCCCGCGACGAGCCUUCUACAACGCACGUGCUAGGCCUAAGAACGGGGAACAUCCGGGGUCUAUCCAAAAGUCGAUAGCUGUAGUAACCCCCACAGCUCAGACCAGUUUUACAAACUACAGGAAGACACCGGAACAACGUCUGACUCCGAUAGUUCAGAUUUUUUUGGGUAAGGUCGUUAGCAUUCUCUUUUCAAGUCAACCCUUAAGAGUGUAAAACAAUCCUCCACACAUUGUUCUGUAAUCUGUAUUCUAUUUAGAUACCGUCAUUGAAGGAGUAAGAAACUACAAUCAACCCCCUUGAAGAAAAUUCCAACAUUGGAGACACUCUCUUCAGGAUUUUUUCAGCUAAGGGAUAGAAUAACUGAAAACUUUGAGCAUGUCUACAGUGAGUAUGUUCAAUCCUUGCAUAAUACUCUGGAAUCCUUAAAUUGCUGUGUUAUGGUGAAUAAAAGAAAUGUUAAGACAAUAUUAUUUUAGAAAUGGCUCAGAAGCGUUCGAGUAAUUCUCCCUCUUCAGAAGCUAAAAAAAUUAGAAUUGAAAAUGACCCUACAUCAUUACAUGAUCUCUGCUUUGGUGAAACUUCGACUUUUUCAAGUAGUCUGUUACAACGUGAUCCGUACACAGCCCUGAAUCCUUUUUUAACCGAUGCAAUCAAUGAGUUGAAUGAUAGUUUACGAUCGACACUUAGACACGAUAUUCAGAGCCCCAAUCCGGGGUUGACCGAUAAUUUAACAGCGACACAAACACAGCUGCCUCAUCAUGACGUGUUCUUAGAAUUGAAUCGGAGUCUGUUAACGUUGCAGAAUAGUCUAAAUGAUCAAGAUCUACCUGUGCCGUUAAAUCCAUUUUUAACCGAUGCAAUCAAUGAGUUGAAUGAUAGUUUACGAUCGACACUUAGACACGAUAUUCAGAGCCCCAAUCCGGGGUUGACCGAUAAUUUAACAGCGACACAAACACAGCUGCCUCAUCAUGACGUGUUCUUAGAAUUGAAUCAGAGUCUGUUAACGUUGCAGAAUAGUCUAAAUGAUCAAGAUCAACCUGUGCCGUUAAAUCCCUUUUUGAUAGAAGCUGUAAACCAAUUGAACGAAAGUCUUAACUUAUCUAACGAACAAAAUGUCGUUAAUGCAACAACUCCAGUAACCUAUCAAGAACCUGCAUCUCAACAAGAUUUGCUUCAUGGUCUUAAUCAAAGUCUUAUUUUGUUAAAUGACAAUAUCAUUAACUUAAUCAACCAACCUGUUAAUGUUCUGCAAAAUCCCGAAACUGAUCAUGAGUACAUUCCUGAAAUGGUAAAUGAUACAUCAGUAGACAAUGCGUCGCCGCCCACUGGUGAAAAUGUACCCUCAGAUCACGUAGACAGUGCGCCACCUUCAGUUCAAAAUGUACCCUCAGAUCACGUAGACAGUGCGCCACCUUCAGUUCAAAAUGUACCCUCAGAUCACGUAGACAAUGCGUCGCCGCCUACGGGUGAAAAUGUACCCUCAGAUCACGUAGACAGUGCGCCACCUUCAGUUCAAAAUGUACCCUCAGAUCACGUAGACAAUGCGUCGCCGCCUACGGGUGAAAAUGUACCCUCAGAUCAUGUAGACAAUGCGUCACCGCCCACUGGUGAAAAUGUACCCUCAGAUCACGUAGACAGUGCGCCACCUUCAGUUCAAAAUGUACCCUCAGAUCACGUAGACAAUGCGUCGCCGCCUACGGGUGAAAAUGUACCCUCAGAUCAUGUAGACAAUGCGUCACCGCCCACUGGUGAAAAUGUACCCUCAGAUCACGUAGACAGUGCGCCACCUUCAGUUCAAAAUGUACCCUCAGAUCACGUAGACAAUGCGUCGCCGCCUACGGGUGAAAAUGUACCCUUAGAUCACGUAGACAACGCAUCGCCGCCACCUUCUGUUGAAAACAAUCAAAUAGGUCAUGGUGUAGAUAGUAAUAUUAGGAUAAUUAAUCGUGACAACUUCAAUAACACAGAGAUCAUAAGAAGAGUGAAUUUUUCUUCUAUCGCUAACGUCAACAGUUUUGCUGAAUUUUAUAAUUAUGUUUUAGAGAUUUUAAACAGCGUGAUAGAAGUUGCGAAUGAAAUGAUUUCACCUAAGGAUUAUGUCACCGUUGAAAUUAGAGGCGUUACACUCAAUGUGUCAUCUCACAUUCAACUAGUCAAUGGAGCCAUCGAUUUACAGUCUUUUUUGACCAUGCUCGAAAAUACCAUUCAAAGUAAUCGUGACAUAUUUACGGAUAAUUCGCUUGAACUGGUAGUACAGAUAGUUCGACCACCUCGCGGUGGUAUAGGUUGUAGACGGAAAGUUGCUACAAUAUUCAAUUCAGAAGUUGUACAGAAGAAGAUGCGACACUUGUAUAUUUUUUACAAUAAAGACAACAUGUGUUUUGCAUUAUGCGUUACACAGCUUUUAAAUCGUGAUAAAAGCGAUUUUCAAAAUGAAAAAAUUGCUAAACAGCUCCAAUACGCUGUAGGUUUAACUGAAAACACACCCGUCACCUUUGCCGAUGUGAGUAAAUUUGAGGCACAUUUACAGUGUAAAAUUGUAAUUGUGUACAAAACUAGCGAUAAAGCCGCAUUCUCUUUCUUUCAAACCAGCAAGAUACCGCAUGAAAAAACGUUGUACUUGUUUUUGCAUAACCAUCAUUAUUACGGUAUUAAAAACAUCACAGGAUUUUUGGGAUGUGGUUAUGUCUGUCAUUUCUGUCACUCGGGGUUUAAGGAUAUGCGGAACCAUAGAUGUGCAUAUAGUUGUAACGUUUGUUGUGAUGUAGACUGCUACAAACACCCUCAAAACAUAACAAAAUGCCCGGAUUGUAUGAGGUUGUGUAGAUCAAAAUAUUGUUUCGAUAGUCACAAAGCGUUGCGCCAGUCAGAAGGAGGUGAAUUUUCUCAGUGCAAUAGAGGAUUCUACUGCAGCAAGUGUAAUAGGGUGUACCGCGACCCAUUUGGUCUUGAACGUCACGUUUGCCCUGAGAGUUUGUGUCAGUUCUGUGGUGAAAAACUUGAUACAGAUUGUGAACACAGGUGUUUUAUACAGCCUUUAAAGAGGGAAAAGUCUAAUGAGAGAUACAUCUUUUAUGACUUUGAAACUAGACAGGAAACGGGUACUCAUAUAGCUAAUUUCUUAUGCUGUAUUAAUUACCGUGGUCAGACAUGGGUGUUUUCAGGUGACACAUGCGUCGCAGCGUUUUUCAGACAUUUCCGCUGUAGGAGAUUCAGAGGUUAUACCUUUAUCGCGCAUAAUGCUAGAGGGUUUGAUUCAUACCUUUUGCUAAACCAUUUAGUGAAAGAAGGAAUCACGCCCAAGAUUAUUGCACAAGGCGGAAAGAUACUGUGUUUCACCGAUACCGAUUUCAACCAGAAAUACAUCGAUAGCCUGUCUUUCUUACCCAUGAAGCUUAGCAAUCUUCCUAAGGCCAUGGGGUUCUCAGAAAAAAAGAAAGGUUAUUUUCCUCAUUUCUGGAACACGUUAGAAAAUCAAAACUAUGUAGGACCGUACCCCGAACCUCGGUUUUAUGGUGUGGAUGACAUGAUGUCUAAAGACAGGGAGGAUUUUUUCAAGUGGUAUGCGACGGUGUCUGACAAAGUUUUUGAUUUCAAGAAAGAGAUGACUGAAUACUGUGUAAAUGACGUAGACAUUUUGAGAAAAGGUUGUAUAGCUUUCAGAAAUGAAAUUCAAAAAAGUACAACGGUGGAUCCUUUUAAUUCCGUUACGAUAGCUUCCGUUUGUCUUAAAAUAUUUAGAACAAUGUUUCUCGAAAAAAACGUUCUCGCCAUUCCACCUCUCGAUAAUUACAUCAACAGACAGAAAUCUUACUCAACACCUGCCAUUCAGUGGCUCGAAUACAUUUCCGCCACACAUAACCUACCUAUUCAACAUGCUCUGAACGAAGGUGAAGUCAGGUUCGGUUCAUAUUUCGUUGACGGAUAUUGUGAAGUAGGUCAGACGCGUAAGGUUUUUGAGUUUCUCGGUUGUUUUUAUCACGGCUGUGAAAAGUGCUUUCCCUCAUCAGCACCGCAUCCUCUUAACCGCAAAGUUAGCUUUGGUGAUGUCAGGGUUAAGUCGUUGGAAAAGAUAAAGUAUUUGCAAGACACACACAGUUUGCAUGUCACAACGCUCUGGGAGCACGAGUGGUGUGAAAUGAAGGAAAACGACGUGAGAGUGAUAAACUUUCUAAAAGAGUUUGACUUCCCCAAACGUUUAAUCCCUCGAGAUGCCCUUUACGGCGGUCGAACAAACGCUUUGCAGUUACACUAUGUAGCACAACCCGGUGAGAGAAUAGAUUAUUACGAUUUCACGUCGCUUUACCCGUAUGUAAACAAGUCGAAAACAUACCCUAUCGGUCACCCCACAAUCAUUUUUCGUGACUUUGAACCUCUGGAUAAUUAUUUCGGUAUAGUUCGAGCAAAAGUGUUACCGCCUAGAGGUCUGUGGGCCCCAGUUCUUCCGUACCGUGUAAAUAACAAACUCCUUUUCCCUCUGUGCAGAACAUGCAGCGAGCAACAACUAAAACAUUGCGAUCAUUCAGACCAGGCACGAGCUCUAACGGGUACGUGGGCCUCCGUCGAGUUAGCGAAAGCCGUCGAGAAAGGUUACCAAAUAUUAAAACUGUUUGAAGUCUGGCAUUUUCCUGAAAGAUCCAAAAACCUGUUUACCGACUACAUUAAAAUGUUUCUCAAGACAAAGCAGGAAAGUUCAGGGUAUCCAUCCUGGGUAGUCGAUGAAUCCACAAAACGUGAAUACAUUAAAAAUUACGAGUGUAAUGAGGGAAUUGAAUUGCAAGAAAAUAACAUUAACGUAAAUCCUGCCAAACGGUCUGUGGCUAAACUAGCGUUGAAUUCGUUGUGGGGCAAGAUGUGCCAAAGACCGGACAGAUCAAACACAACUCUGAUCAGAGAUCCUGCAGAAUUUUUAAAAUUCAUAUUCUCGGGUAUCUACAACGUUAGUCACUUCUCUUUUUUGUCUGAUGAGGUUGCUCUUGUGCAGUGGCGUUAUGUGAACGAUAUGAUGGUUAACCCGGGGAAUGCUAAUGUGUUCAUAGGUAUUUUCACCACUGCAUAUGCUAGACUUGAACUGUACAAUCUGAUGGAUCGUUUGAACCGCCGUUGUUUGUACACCGACACAGACAGCGUCAUUUUUAAAAGUAAAGAAGGGGAUUGGAUGCCGCCUUUGAGCGAUUAUUUGGGGGGUCUUACCAGCGAACUAGACGACGGUGAUCAAAUAGUAGAGUUUGUAAGUGCAGGUCCUAAAACCUACGGUUACAAAACUAAAAAAGGAAAAACGACAAUGAAAGCUAAGGGCUUUACUCAAAAUUACAACAAUUCCAAAGUUAUCAAUUUGAAAUCAUUGACGGAUCUCGUGAUCGAUCACGUGAAAUUCCCUGAUAAACCCUGUCAACUUAUAACGUCGCACAAUCAAAUCACUCGAGAUAAAAAGGGGUUUCAUUUGAGAAACCAGACGCAAGUAAAAACAUUCAGGGUUGUGUACGAUAAACGUGUGUUAUUUCCUGAUUUCACAACUCUCCCUUACGGGUAUUGAAACCAAAUUGUUUUUGUUUUUCUUUUCUUUUUGUAUAUAUGAAUGUAUGAAUGUCUGUAUGUUGUUCAUUUGAUGUCUGUAUGCCGUACAGUUGUGAGCACUUGUCAAGGACAAAUAUGAAUGUGACUUCUUUCGACACGAGGCUGCAACUGCCCUUUUCAUGUAUUGUAUGUGGACCUAGUAAUAGUGGGAAAUCUUAUUUUAUCAAAAUGCUGCUGGAAAAUUGUAAAGAGGUGUUGUCCAAACUUCCUGAAAAUAUUGUAUGGAUUUAUUCAUGUUGGCAACCUUUGUAUGAUGAUUUGAUGACCAAAAUAAAUGUCAAUUUUAUUCAA